AUGGCACAGGAUACAAUGACCUUGACUGACCGCUGGUCCUACGUGAUGGGAUGGGUUUCGUACGCGCUACCUGUUUUCACUCAAAUCUAUGAAAAUUAUGCUUUGAAAUCUACAGAUGGACUGUCGAUUUGGUUCAUUUUAAUCUGGCUUGGUGGUGACGCAUUCAACUUUUUUGGGGGGGUCUUGCAAGGCGUGCUAUGGACGAUGGUCAACCUCGCCGCGUACUAUUGCUUUUGCGAUCUUAUUUUGCUUUGGCAGUGGUGGUACUACGGAACAUAUUACCGCGCAGGCCUACCGAUCCAGGGGCGCGGUGGGGAGACGCAUUCUAACGAAGCUACAGAAGGCACAUCGCUUUUACGUAAUAGAAACGGCGCUGUUUACGGCGUAUGUGCGAAUGUUAAACGGCUCUGUGAUACCAUGAUGCGCUAUUUUGACCGUUUGACGCCUGUACAAUUUGCAGCAUGUAAAUAUGGGUCGAAUGUUGGAUUUGUCGUGGUGACUGGCAUCAUUGCGUGGUGCUCUGCAGAUGGCAGUGUUGAUUCAUCGCCUAGACCGCCGUCUGCGAUUCAUGAAAAAUACCCGAAGAUGCGUUGGGAUGCACAAUUGCUCGGCUGGCUCAGUGCAACACUGUACAUUGCCUCUCGUAUUCCCCAGAUAUUCAAAAACAGGCACACAAAGUGCGCGGGGCUCUCGCUUGCCCUCUUUGUGUUUGCAGUGGGGGGAAACGUGACGUAUGUCAUUUCUAUCAUCCUUCGCGAUCGCUCCCCAGGCUAUCUACUUGAAAAUGCCAGCUGGCUAAUGGGAAGUAUCGGGACUGUUUUUCUUGAUUUUAUUGUGCUGUGGCAGUUUAUCUCGCAAGCGAGCAAGGGCAAUCGUGACCGCUACGUGGAGAAACUUGCGUGGGAUUAUCCGCUUGCCUUUGCUGAUCAGCUCGAGGCGGUGAUCGACACAAAUUCAGACGAGGAACGGUCUGAUGACGAAGUCUACGGUGAGCCAUCGAGCGAUGAGGAGGAUUGUUCGUACCGAAUCGGUACCGCACACACACACAAUGAUGACGAUAAACCACUAGGCAAGCGUGUGCUUUUGCCACAGGCUGCACACGAACGGAUCAUCCAGAAAGAACGCGAGGCACAAAAUGAAAAGACACUGCUGAUACUCGAGGGGAAGAUUUCGCGCAGUCGUUCUCUAGCCCCUGGGCGUGUGCGCCGAGAAGGAUCGCAUAAAUUGCCAACAAGGCGGGACGCAGGCGGUGCGCACCAACUGAGCCGCAGCAGCUCUGACUACCAGCCGCUGCGCAGAAAUAACACAAUGACCACGACCCGAACGCGAGACCAUACAACUCGCAUGAAUCAUACGCCCGAUACACGGCUUAACAAGGAGCUUGGGCGUGUACAUCUGCAACAGCCGCCACAGUAUGGUACCGUGACCCACCGCGUGUUUGUUCUUUCGCAGCAGCGGUACGCGAUCGUGCAUGUGCGCGAAAAUGCGAACGCCCACGCUUUGUUGCAGCAAACGGUUUUUCAAAUGGGACUCGCGCCAUGCACCGAUGCGCACCAGGACUGGGCAGUGUGGGACGUGUUGACCAAUAUAGGCAUCGAGCGCCCUCUGCGUGAAUACGAGCGUGUUCACGAAGUUGUUGCAGAGCGUGGAACUGAUGUAGGCCAUUUCCUCAUCAAGCCGACCGACUCGCCCACAUUGGUACACGCCGAUACGCUUCCCACCUAUUCUUCCAUGCUUGGAGGCUGGGUCUCGAUUCAGACAGACCCUAAAAAGUGGUCCAAGCGAUGGCUCGAGCUGCGCGAGCACCAUUUGUUCAUCGCAACCUCAGAGAACGGGAAGCACGAGGAGCCGCUUGCUUCCAUGUUUGAAACAGAGUUUUACUUUAUGGAUCCUGUAAGGCAGCAGGCUAUCAAACCGUAUGGCUUUGCACUGCGAAAGACAUCUGUUGCACCCGACACGGCGGACCGAACAAUUGCAUACGUCACACAGCCCAGUCUUGCUGCACAUCGCGAUUGGGCCAAGGCGAUAUUUGGCGCUCGCACCUAUGUCAUACGACAAGAACGGCCGCAGCUCCUCGCACACGUCCUCCAACAAGGACAAGUAACCAAGUCGCUCGAUACCCCGUGCGAGUUGAAGAGUGCAACAGCGCAGCCAGCCUUGCAUGCGCCGACAAACCCUGUCGGCGUCCAGCUUCUUGAGCGCAGUCUGCACCGCCAAAUAUUUUGCACGACCAACACGCAUAGCGUUGAUCCCAUGGCCCUCGAUAUUUGCCUGGAUCAUUUAGACAAGCAUGCAUUGCACGCGUCGAAAGCGUCGAAACUAACGCCCACGACCUUUACGCUACCGCCGCUACAAGGCAAAGAUAUAAGCGAGCAUUUUUGGACUAUAGGGCGGCGUGCUGCGCAGCCGUGGAUGGGAUUUGCCACCCAAUUUGCCAACGACGCCAUUCUGCCGCCGCCGCAGCCGCACAGCGCAGACGCAGAUUCAAGCGUGGGGUGGUCGCCCGAAGCGUGGCGCACGUUGGAUCUUGCACUUCGUGCAGGCGUGCCUUUGCGCCCCACGUCCUUUUCUACCGAGCCAGGCUGGACAAAGUACGCGUUUCUCCGCACAGAAGACGGCGAAUUGGCGGGCUUGGACACGCCGCAACGUGUGGCAUACCCCGAUGUGGAAGACUCUGCAUUGGUGUUUGACGUGGAAGUACUUGUUACCGAGAGUCCUUAUCCCGUGAUGGCGACAGCGGUGAGCAACAAUGCGUGGUACAGCUGGGUGAGCCCGUACCUUGCGGAAAAAGGCGCUCGGCACACGAGCCCCGCUCAUCUGAUCCCGCUGGGCCCCGAGCACGACGCACCGCCGCGGCUUGUUAUUUGUCACAAUGCAGGGUAUGACCGCGCGACGGUGCUCGAUGAGUAUUGCUUGAAAAGCUCCAACAUACGAUGGCUUGAUACAAUGAGCCUGCACGUUGCCACAAGCGGCAUUUCUUCCCCGCAGCGCGCUGCAUGGAUUGUCCAUGCACGCUCGCGCUCUGAAAAGCGCUCCAAUGAGUCUCUGGCUACGAAGCACAUGGAAGACGAUAUGCGCGCGGAUAUUGGCGGUCUGUUCAGAGAAGGCGAAUUUGACCCCGAAGCACUUGCGCGCCUGAAUAUACAGCACAUGGAAGGCUGGUCAGAUGCGCUUAAAGAGCGUAUGCGCGAGCACUAUGCGUUGCUCCAUACCUCGUUCGAGAUGCCUGGCCUGAACGAAGGUGACGCGCUGUCCACGAACGAAGAUGGCAGCGUAUUGUGGCAAGACAUCACCGCGCAAAACUCACUUGCGGACGUCGCCGCGCUGCAUUGCGGUAUCCAUUUGAACAAAGAUGCGCGGAACUACUUUAUCGACGGCACGUCGAAAAGAGAGAUCCGUGCGCGCUGCGAAGAGCUACUUGCAUACUGCGCAACCGACGUGGAGACGACGUUUGCUGUGUUUAAAAAGGUGUGGCCUGCAUUUGUGCGCAACUGUCCCCAUCCUGCAACGACGGCUGGUGUGCUGGGCCUGGGAAGCACGUUUCUUCCUGUGGACAGCGCAUGGAUUCGAUACAAGCAGCAGGCCAAUGCAAAAUUUGACGAGAUGAAUGCCAACAUUGUGUCGACGUUGAAGCACCUCGCACACACGCUCAAAGACGCGGGUAUCGCGGCUAUUAAUGCGAUGCACGCUGGAUCGCAAGCACCGCAUUGGUGGGAAGAGGAUCCGUGGUAUGCACAGCUUGAUUGGAGCCCCAAGAAACCUAAGCGCGGCUCGGCGGAUGAAAAUUUGAAACCGGCGUGGUGGCGCAAUAAGGUGGCACAAAAUAGCAAAGCGCUUGGCUCACGCCACGCCAUCGUUCCGCUGCUGCUGCGCCUGCGCCUGGACGGCAACCCACUGGUGCCAAAUAAGAGACAAUGGGUCGCACAAACGGCCGAGGGCGAUGUGGUACUCGACGCUGCGCCACUUUCCCAAGCAUUCCUGAGCAAAGCAGCGGGCUUGACAAGUGGUGCAGGCUCGGACGGUGCCAAGGCGCUUGAAGCGCUUGCAGAAGGCGACAAGGACAAUGCGGACCGCCUUCUUCGCGAGAUUGCCGACGCAUUGUCGGCGAUGGAUCGUGAUACGGCAGCCAACGACCCGCAGCUUUCCUUGCUCGACUGGACUAUGGUGCCUUAUACACCGCCAGAAAUGCAAGGACCCGCGCCGUGGUGGCCGAAAUGGUACUGGGAUAUCUAUUCGGCCAAAGACAAAAAUUUGGAGCUCACUAUCCGCACCAAGACUGCGCCAAUUUUGCUCAAACUAGCGUGGGACGGUCACCCCAUCUUUCGGUCGCGACAGCACGGGUGGAUGUACCGCACGCAGUCGCGCUCUUUGGACAAGGCCGAAGGCAAGACGCCUUUAACGCUGGAUCCAGCGCUGGACCCAUUCGCGAUAAGCGCCGACACUGCCUUUUACAAGCUUCCCCACGCAAACGGCGACGGAAGCAAUGUGGGAAACCCCUUUAGCAAGAGUUUUCUGCCCUACUUUGAAAGCGGCAAGCUCGCCAGUAUGCACAGCGAGACGGGCGAGCAGGCCGCGAAGCGUGCAGUGGAAAUGAACGCGAUGUGCAGCUACUGGAUCAGCGUGCGCGAUCGUGUUGAGAAGCAGCUGGUCGUCUGGGACGGCGAGGCGGGUACGGACAUGGGCAUGCCGCACGACGCACAGCGCGGCCUAAUUCUUCCGCAGGUAAUCCCUAUGGGCACUGUAACGCGGCGUGCGAUUGAAAAGACAUGGCUCACCGCCUCCAACGCGAAAAAAAAUCGGAUUGGAUCCGAGCUGAAAUCCAUGGUCCGUGCACCACCUGGCUGGAGCAUUGUCGGCGCAGAUGUUGAUAGUGAAGAGCUGUGGAUUUGCAGCGUGAUGGGCGACGCGCAGUUUGGACUCCAUGGUGCGACGGCCAUUGGCUGGAUGACGCUCGAAGGCUCCAAGACGCUCGGCACCGACCUACACAGCAAAACAGCGAGCAUCCUCGGCACGAGCCGCGACCAGGCCAAAGUAUUUAAUUACAGCCGUAUUUACGGUGCUGGUAUCCGGCACGCAACGCAGCUGUUGCUCAAAGCGAGUCCAAGCAUGCCGCUCGAGGAGGCAACUCGGCGUGCCAAGCAGCUGUACGCUGCGACAAAGGGCAAAAGCAGCCAGAAUGGCGGCAUGUUUGGGCGCAAAUUUUGGUUCGGCGGGUCGGAAAGCCACGUAUUCAACAAGCUCGAAGAGAUUGCCACUAGCGACAACCCACGCACGCCUGCACUCGACUGCGGCAUUACCUCAGCCCUUUCGAAAAAGUACUUGCCGCGCGCAUCGGACGGCGGCGUUCGACAGGACUACAUGCCGAGUCGCAUCAAUUGGGUCGUGCAGUCGAGCGGCGUCGAUUACUUGCACCUGCUCAUCACUGCAAUGGACCAUUUGUGUGCGACAUACGACAUCGACGCGCGUUUCAUGCUCAGUGUCCACGACGAGGUGCGCUACAUGGCCAAGGACCACGACAGGUAUCGCGCAGGCAUGGCGCUCCAAAUCGCCAACCUCUGGACACGUGCCAUGUUUGUGUCGAGGCUCGGCAUGGACGAGCUGCCCGAAAGCUGCGCUUUUUUUGCCGCUGUCGAUAUCGACCGUGUGCUGCGCAAAGAAGUCGACGAUCCGUGCGUCACCCCGUCGCAGCCCGAUCCGAUACCCGAGGGGGAGUCGCUCGGCAUUGCAGACAUACUGGCCAAGACGUGCAACGGAUCACUGCACAAGGAUGGGCGCCCCAUGGAAAAUGAUGGGUACGUUUUACAUGAUGGGGGUUUGCCGACCUAUACACCCACGAUCCAAAAGCAUCGCUGCACAGGCAACGCUGGGCUCUUGUUCCUCCAGGCACAGUCGGCACAGGAUAUUCAAGAAGUGCGCGCGCUGGAUCGCCGCGCACGACGCAGCGCAUCCACGCGCCAGACGCGCGCGUACACAACGCAGGCACCGCAAAACAAGCGCGUGUUCAUUGCGAUGGAAUCCAUGCUGCCACCGCGCCCUAUCCACUACCGCCGCCCAUUUUUUGCACGCGUUGCCUAUCGCCGCCAUGUGCUGCAUUUGUAUGCGCGCAUACUGCGUGCACUGCGCCGUAUUCCGUCGCACGCAAAAGCGCAGCUGUCUCCUCUUGUGCGCGCGCGCAUGCGUGCGAAGAAGCGCUACACGAGCGCGGCGCAGUGCUUGGACGCGUGCGCAGAAGGCGAGAGCCUCGCCAACACGUUUGAACACGGCACCGAUGCAUCGCUGGAUAACCUUGCAGUAACGCUGGCCGUGCGCGCGCGCGCGCCCAAGCCCUCUCUUCCUACACGCAAGAUCCACGUGUCCGGCGCGCUCUUAGCGCCGACGCUAUUCAAUGCGCCGAUGCUGCGGUACAAGCCGGACCAACCACUUUCCAUGACCAUGAUGAUCCGUGAUCGGCGCCGCCGCCGCGAGAAGCGAAUGCAGCGCAUGGCAGUGGCACAUGAGACGCAGCACAUGAUCGAGGAGGAAGCGGCGCACCUCGGCACACUUGUGCCUGUGCUUGCAGAUGUCGAUGGCUGGAGCAAGCCUGUGCAGGCGCAUAAACAGGCCAUGCACGAGCAAUUCCAGUCAGAGUACCGCCGCGCUGCCAUGGUCUUUCGCCCUGCGAUGCUCGCACGCGCAAAACAGGCACGUCGUGCUAAGCACGCAUACCGCACCAAAAAGAAAUAG